CUUUCUUAAUCUUCGCUUCGUUUCGCUUUUACUACCAACCCCUGCUCGUUUGUUGGCUUACUAUCCGAGUCGUCGAUUUCGUGCGUUCGCCGAACCUCGCGAUAAUCGCAUCCCUGGACUCGACUUCGCCUCCCACAUCCUACCCUUCUUCUACCUCCAACCAUCUAACGUAACAUCCAUCUCGACUACAUGAAGAUAUGGCGCAUCAACAGAUCGUUCGCCCGCGAUGACCUCUAGGCCCCCUAUGGCCGUCCCUCAGCGACAGCCUCAGAGAACUUUAAGCGGCUCGGGGUUGUCGCAGUCCCCUACCCACCAGCGAACACUCUCCCAACAAUACCUACCUCAAUCCCCUAUACGAAAGUCGGAGAGCUUCAGCGAACAGUCUUCAGAUGUCGGCGAUGUAUCACAGAGUCGGUAUAACACCGUCCCUAGGAGGGGAGGUUCGAGGCUUAAGCUCGAGUUGGCCAAUGAUGGUAUUGAGCAUCCCGGUUUUAGUGAAUCCCCGCAGAACUUGGACGCCCUAUCCGCCAACAAGGCCUUUACUCCAUCACGAAUAAUGUCGAUGAAUGAUGUAUCUGAUGCUGGCGAUACCACUCCUCGUACUUCGAGAUGUCAGACCGCAGACGAUGACUCGGUUCCGUUACCCAUGCCUCCUCGUCGAAUCCGAUUGGUCGUGCCCGCUAAACGACCAGCGGAAUCAUCAACAACAACGAAUACACCUAAAAAGGACGCUCGUCCCAAGCCAUUUGUCCUCGAGACGCCUUCGAUCGCUCCUCGCUACCCGAAUACGGGCAAGGCAGAGCCCUCCGGUAAAACACGAAAUAAGGAUGUCGCCCCUCGUGCGUGUACUAACCUAUGCGUAGGGAUUGCCGAUUUCUAUCCCUGGACCGGGAAUCAUCCAGAGGACCAAUUCUCCGAUAGCAUUAUUAGGCAUGGGUUUUUUGAUAAGGCGCCGGCGCAAUCCACGCAAGAACCUGCGUCUGCAAAGGCUCCGUUAUUUCCCGCCUUAAAGCACAAGAGCGGACUUCACACACUAUCAACUAUAUUCACCAGCAUACUAAAUCAGAGGAGGCAUAGUGGCCAAAUUAACUCAGCUUCUACCUUCAAACCUCCACCUCGAGUUACCCUAACCGACACGAAAAGGGAGAUCUGGCUCAAGGAUCUUGCUAACCCUGCCAUAUCUCUCAGGCGCCUUAGUCGAACGAUCCCUCAUGGUAUUCGUGGCAAGGUCCUACUCGAACAAUGUCUGAACAAGAACGUCCCCACGGAUCGUGCUGUUUGGUUAGCAAAAUGUGUCGGUGCCAAUGAAAUUCGAGCAUUUAAAAGGAAAGGGGUUAAUGGUAUAUUCGUUAUGGGCGGAGAAGCCAAAUGGAUUAGAGACUGGACUGUAUUUGUCGAACAAUUUGUUGAGGCCGUCACCAACGCAUUUAACGAUAGUAACUGGAAGACCAAGGUGACUUAUGCUAUCCGCCUUGCUACUCACCUUUACGCCGAACACCUCUUAGACCGCGAUCAUUACAUGGAGUGGCUAGUUUCUGGGUUGGAAAACAGCAAUCAAGCGAAGCUUCCCAUGUGGCUUUUAAUCAUCCAGAUAUACUGGAAAGAUUUACUUAAAUUGAGGAGGCAUGGACGCCGAUUGGUCCACGCCGUCCUCUCCCAUCACUCUUCUAUAUUAUACCAUCCCGAUCGCGAGAUUUUACUACCCCUUUCUACACGCUUACAAUCCCUAGUAGAGUCCUUACUUCUCGCUAGUCCCGAGAACUUCGUCAACCCCGCGACUUGGUUGAAAUUCCGCGAUUCUCUACUCGAACAUACCAGAUCGAGCAAUACCGAAUGCAGGUCACGAGCCUUCAAGUCGAUCGAUUUACGCAAUGACUACUUGACGAGUUCUAAUGCAAAGUCGCAACCCGCCCUUCGAAGCAUUGUGGUGCAGAUGCUUGACAACAUACAAAGGGCCCCUCUUAAUACUACGAUUCCGAAACAACUUUGGAAAACAAGCGAAAAUAAACCAUCCAUAGUGAGAACCAUUCUCGAAUGGUCUACAUCCCUAUACAGACCAGGUAUUGCGAAGAUAUACAUUGCUGCCGCACUCUUGCGAUCGUCAUCCGAAUUAGACGUCGACGUUACUAGAUCCGUUUUAGAUUUCUUAGAUUCCGAUCCUCUCGAAGAAACUGCUCGGAAGCAACUCGUAUACCACCUUGUAUCGGAACUUUCUCGAUCUAGCCACUUCUCGGUUCCUCUAUACAUACAAUGGCUCAUCGCUCGUGGUGGCAUUUUAAAUCCUGUCGAGGCAGCACGAGACGGACCAUGUGCUACAAGGCUUCUCGUCGAGAUUCCCCUCCAUUGUCUAAGCGAAUCCAUGAAAAACCUGCGAGGUACUUUACUACGACGAGGGUCUUUCUCAGUUGAUGAUGAGGCAAGGGACAUGGCACUGGCGAUCAGUUGCGUGAAGAGCAUACUCUCCGUUCCACUUGACCCUAGUGACCCCUUAUUUAACAAGAAGCCCAUGAGCCUGAAGAAGCUGACAAAACGGAUUGACUUAAGUAGUCGCUCCCUUAAGACAACCAUUGCUUCGUGGCUCAGCAACGACUUUAUUACCGAGUCUACUGAAAUUUUUUCGUCCGGUAGUGGCGUCGAACUUCCCAAACCCGCCUUCGAGACGGUUCGAACUUUACUUGAAGCCGCCGAAGACUAUACAAUGCUCGAGAAUGUCUUGAAAUCGAUGGCAGCGUACUCGAACGCCGAACUCCUCGCAUGUUGUGUCGAUACUGUCAAUCUCCAUUUACCAGUAUUUACCUCUACUGGAUCCGCCAAGUCGCUCUUCGAAAUAUACUACGAACGAUUAAAGACGAUCAUUGAAGAACAAGGUGUGGGUACCCGCCCACUUCUUGCGUCUCUUGCAAACUUGGCACCACGAUUGGCUGGUAUAGAAGAAGCGGCAGCACAGUUACAAAAUGAUUUGAUUCGGAUAGACCGCAGCAGUGCUGCUGACGCCUCUUCGCCUUUAUCCGACAAUAUGGCAACGCAGCUCCAAGACGCCGAAACAGAACUAAGCGAGCAGAUCGAGAAACUUGCUAGUUAUACGAGUGCGGAUAGACCGACGAUGGAGCGUUUAUUUUAUGCGAUCGUGAAGAAACUACAAACAUAUUGGGGAAAAGACGAUGAACGCCAGCGGCUGUGUUGUAUCCUUCUUACGAGACUACGCGUAUUCGAUAUCCAGCAUUUUAACGAGCUUAUGAAGAUUUGGGUCCAACAUCUUCGCAAACUUACGAACCGACCAUAUAUCGCGCAGCUAUUUCCACCGCUCAUUAGUUCAGGUUGUUUAUCUCUUGCAAUUUUGUUUGCGACGGCUGCAAGGAAUCAGAACCAAGUUUCCCAAUCUCAACCAACCGGGGUUGGAUUCGCUUCUAUUUACCAGCAGGAAGUAUUGCAGAUGUUGAUGAUGCCUUUUAGCCCGAGCCCGGUUAUGACGUCCGAGGACUGCUAUCGCUUCCGCAUCAUCCAAGAUCAUGCCAAGCGUGACCAUGCUAGGGAUUUAAUGCCCUUGAUUCGUGGGGCGUUGGCAGAAUACUCGGCCUCUCACAACCAGCAAGCAUCGAUACCUCAGCCACUUGAAGACGAACAAACCGAGGCGACACUCCUCGAACUCAUUCGAGACCUCGUUCUAGUUGAUCCUAGUGCUGCUAGCCAAAUUGUCUCACUCAAGGGUCCCGAUCCGAAACUAGCAGCGCUUAUCGAGACUUGGACUACAAAGUUAUUAGUUCCAGACGGUGGUGGUGGUCAAAAGUCUUUCGAGCAAGUUUUGGAAUUGGCCAACGAAUUCACGUUGCCGUUCUGCCAAGUCAAGCUUUCCCUAAACUUAGCGACCGAUGAAUUAGGCGGUGUCGAAGGGUCGGAGAGAAUUCAGUCGCAAUUUGAACAGCUAUCAAAGGCUCUCGAUAACGCCAUUGAUGCAAAUAAUAUCAUGUGGACGGGCAUGCUCCCCUCCCUAAGCCCUGAUAUUACGCAGCAUAUGAGAAAUAGAGCCGAAUCACGCUUCCUAGAGAUCAUCCCAUCUCUCAAGAAUCCUCCAGAAGACGCCCUUUUUCACAAGGAUAUCCAUAUGGCGGAGAACUUACUAACGGUUAUUGAUUCCAUAUUUCGCGGGGGGUCAGGAUCGAAGGUAUCUCCACUUUCAAGUUCUUUGGUGGACAAACUUGCAGACCUAUGGGAUAUCCUAGCUUCAAAAGCCGAUGAGUAUGCGUUACUGAAAAACGCAGUACUAUCACAUUGGUUACCCCUCAUCUUUUCUUACUUAACCCUUUAUACAUCACCAUCCGCAGGAGCAGUCGACGUGUCUAAACUAACCGGCGGCGAAAUUCGCGGACGCGCUUUAAUUGUCCUCGCUGGUCUCGUUCAGGAACUCGAUAAUUAUCCAACCUUCAACCUUGGACGAAAAGCCUUCGAUAUUGCUCUCGCUCUCGUAGACGGAUUACCUGAAGAGGCACGCUUACAGUGCGUGCGUGCAGUAAAAGACGCUACAGCUGAUCCCAGGAUCAGGUACCUAUUUAGUUUCGCUCCGAAUCCGGCGGAAGAUUUCAUGUUAGCCCAUCGCGAUAAGCCAUUACUCGGGCCUAAUGAGAGAAGGGCGAUGGCAAUGGGUAUGGGAGCUAGCAUGAUACCGGAGAGGUUGACUCCUUUCGUUAUCAGGAGGUGGGAAAUCCUCAACGAACCUACCCCCAACGUUGGCGAGAACGACACAAGCUUGAGCUUGACAUUAUUCGACGCUAGGAAAAUAAAAUAAUGCAUAAUAAGGAGUUUAAUCAACCUCGCUCCUUCAAUUUCACGUCGGCUUAUAUCGAUAUCGAAGAUAGUAUUCUAGGCGAGGACCCGAUCGGUUUUCGA